AUGGCUUGUCGCAGAUGUAAGAAAACGGUCACUGCUUCUGACCGCAUAGUUUGCCAAGGAUUCUGUGGUGCCACUUUCCAUGUCAUCUGUGCCAAAGUUGAUGAUCCUGUGCGAGAGGCGCUGGGCAUUGGUGGCAACAAUGUAUUUUGGAUGUGUGAUCCGUGCGCAGAACUAUUCUCGAGUUGUCACUUCCGCGCACUGCUAACGGAUUUCAAUGGAAAAUGUUCAUCGUUUAUGCCGAAAGCGAUACAAUCGAUGAAAGAAGACAUCGAUAAAUUGCAUACAGCUUUAACUACUUUAACUGCGAAAGUUGAUGCUAAAUCGAAUACUAGCACGCCAUAUGCUACUCCUAUACCGUGGCCUAACGUUACUCGUUCGAAUGGUCCGCAGAGUACGCCGAAACGACGCCGGGGAAACAGUGGCAAUCCUGUUAGUCCACCUUCUACGCUGAACGCCAACACCUACGGGACCAAAGCGGUUCAUAAAUUCAAAUCCGUUAAUCUCGACCGAAAACAAAGUGAGGACAUGACAUGGAUAUAUUUGUCUUCGUUUCAUCCUUCUACCACUGUAAAGGAAAUCGCUAGACUCGUCACUGAAUGUCUUGUGCUCAAUGCUGAGGAACACCCUAAGGUUGUGAAGCUGAUCCCUAUGGGCAAGGACCCUGCAACGCUUAACUUCGUGUCUUUCAAAAUCGGGGUCAAGCAGCAGUUUAAGGACAAGGCGUUACGUUGCGAAACAUGGCCGGAAAAUAUACGUUUUCGACUGUUUGAGGAUUAUCGGACAAAAAACGCUACAAGGAUUGUAAGAAUUUCGUCGAAGGAAGUUUCACCAGAAAUGCCGCAAGUGGACACGGUUCCUGUUCAACCGAUAGAGGUGGACACAUAG